UUCCUCCCGUCUUCCGGAAGGAGAGCUACGCGCUCAGCACUGUUGGCCGUCUCCUGCGGUGCAUUGUGGGUAAAGGUCCUGCCGCUGUUGUUUUGGGAGUCCCGGUCUUUGCUGGCCUAGAAGGACCGCCGACAAGAUGCCGGAGCGAGACAGUGAACCAUUCUCCAAUCCUCUGGCUCCAGAUGGCCAUGAUGUGGACGAUCCUCACUCUUUCCACCAGUCAAAACUUACCAAUGAAGACUUCAGGAAACUUCUCAUGACCCCAAGGGCUGCACCUACUUCAGCACCACCCUCCAAGUCACGUCACCAUGAGAUGCCAAGGGAGUACAAUGAGGAUGAAGACCCAGCUGCACGAAGGAGAAAAAAGAAAAGUUAUUAUGCUAAGCUUCGUCAACAAGAAAUUGAAAGAGAGAGAGAACUAGCAGAGAAGUACCGGGAUCGUGCCAAGGAACGACGAGAUGGUGUUAAUAAAGAUUAUGAGGAAACUGAGCUUAUCAGCACCACGGCUAACUACAGGGCAGUGGGACCCACAGCUGAGGCAGACAAAUCAGCUGCAGAGAAAAGAAGACAGUUGAUCCAAGAGUCCAAAUUCUUGGGUGGUGACAUGGAACAUACCCAUUUGGUGAAAGGCUUGGAUUUUGCUCUGCUUCAAAAGGUACGAGCUGAGAUUGCUAGCAAGGAAAAAGAGGAAGAAGAACUAAUGGAAAAGCCACAGAAGGAAACCAAGAAAGAUGAAGAUCCUGAGAAUAAAAUUGAAUUUAAAACACGUCUGGGUCGAAAUGUUUACCGCAUGCUCUUCAAGAGUAAGGCAUAUGAGCGGAAUGAGCUGUUCCUUCCAGGCCGCAUGGCCUACGUUGUGGACCUAGAUGAUGAGUAUGCGGACACAGACAUCCCUACUACUCUUAUUCGCAGCAAGGCUGAUUGCCCCACCAUGGAGGCCCAGACUACAUUGACUACAAAUGACAUUGUCAUCAGCAAGCUCACCCAGAUCCUUUCCUACUUGAGGCAAGGAACCCGCAAUAAGAAGCUCAAAAAAAAGGAUAAAGGAAAGCUGGAAGAGAAGAAACCCCCCGAGGCUGACAUGAAUAUCUUUGAAGACAUUGGGGAUUAUGUGCCCUCCACUACCAAGACACCUCGAGACAAGGAGCGGGAGAGAUACCGGGAACGGGAACGUGAUCGGGACAGAGACCGUGACAGAGAGCGGGAGCGAGAACGUGACAGAGAGCGGGAACGUGAGCGGGACCGAGAGAGAGAAGAGGAGAAGAAGAGACACAGUUACUUUGAAAAGCCAAAAGUAGAUGAUGAGCCCAUGGAUGUUGACAAAGGACCUGGAUCUGCCAAGGAGUUGAUCAAGUCUAUCAACGAAAAGUUUGCUGGCUCUGCUGGCUGGGAAGGAACUGAAUCGUUGAAGAAGCCAGAAGACAAGAAGCAGUUGGGAGAUUUCUUUGGGAUGUCUAACAGUUAUGCUGAGUGCUACCCAGCCACGAUGGAUGACAUGGCUGUGGAUAGUGAUGAAGAGGUGGAUUACAGCAAAAUGGACCAGGGUAACAAGAAGGGCCCAUUAGGUCGCUGGGACUUUGAUACCCAGGAGGAAUACAGUGAAUAUAUGAACAACAAGGAGGCAUUGCCCAAAGCUGCAUUCCAGUAUGGUAUUAAGAUGUCUGAAGGGCGGAAAACUAGGCGUUUCAAGGAAACCAAUGACAAAGCAGAGCUUGAUCGUCAGUGGAAGAAGAUUAGUGCUAUCAUCGAGAAGAGGAAAAAGAUGGAAGCUGAUGGGGUUGAAGUCAAAAGACCAAAAUACUAAUAAUCUCCAGUGUCAACUGAAAGAAGAAUCUAUUCUGCAAGAAUGUACUGUCUAUUGUUUGUUUCCUUCAGUUCCCAGAAAAGCUACAAGUCUUUGUGUAUAUCAAUGUAUAUAGGCUUUUAAUGUGUAAUCCUUUGGUUCCAUUAAAAUUGGAAGCCUGC